AUGGUUGCGCUUGGUCGUCCAAUUUCAGCCACUAUGAUCUAUCUACCCACAGGAACCAGGGUUAUAUCAUCCAUCGUCUUCGUAGCACCUGGUGAAAUUGGAUUCUAUCCAGCUCUCUACGGCUUUCUAGCCUUCCUAUGCGGACUUCAGGUGCUCCAUCUCUUCUGGACUAUUCAAAUAAUUCAAACAGCCCUGAAGUCACUUACUUCUGGCCAGAUAUCGUCAGACGCUCGAAGUGAUAGUGAAAUGUCUGAGUCGGAGUCAGAAUAUUCAAACGGUUUACAGAAGAAUGGAAACGCUAAGAAAUUCUAA